CUGGCCCAACCGCUACAACUUCUACUCAUUUCUACCGAAUCUUCUUUCUUCAAUUGACCAUUGACCAUUGACCCUUGACCCUUGACCCUUGACAGACCAACCUUAAGACCUCGUGGCGCCAUCCGUUAACCAUCCGAGUGCAAUCCCUGGUUAAGCCAAUCCCGACCCAGCCUGUGGGAAGCCCGAAGCAAGGGGGGGCGAGUACUACCUCCGAUCUUAGGCUCCUUCGCACCUGCAACGUGCUAUGAAGAUACUUUUGGCAUAGGUCCAGAUGCGCGUUUCGUCUGUCAACUGUCGGGGGCUCCUUCGGGGACCGUUCCUAAGGAGCGGAUGCCUGGUGAGGAGGCCCUUGCAAUCGGUGGCAUUGUCUGGAAAACGGGACCUGCUAACAGAAAGCUAUGCUCGGGGGCCUUUGGAGCCUCCAUUGCUGGAGACUACUGUCGGGGAGCACUUUGCGAAGAUUGUCGACCAGUACGGCGAUAGACCAGCUGUCAUUUGCAAACAUCAACAUGAUCGAGUGUCUUACACUGCCCUCGAUGCCAAAAGCAAUGCUCUUGCGCGUGGUCUCGAGUCCAUCGGCGUACGGACGGGAGACCGAGUGGGUGUCAUGCUAGGAAACUCCAUGGAACACGCCAUUGCAACCUAUGCGCUGUUCAAGCUUGGCGCUAUCCUGGUCCCUAUCAACCCAUCGUUCAACGCAACCCAGGUGGUCUCUGCGCUGGCGCAUCUGGAAGCCAGCCAUCUCAUCCUCAGCUCCGAAUCCAAUCUGCCGCGGAAAGAUCCAAGGAGCAACAUCCCACUCCUGAAGUACCUUGUUAAAGACCUCUCCAAGCCGAGCAUCGAGUCAGAAGUGGUUCCCACACUAAAGGGCAUCGUUCUCGUCGAUAACUCAUCUGGCCGCGUCAAUACCUCCGACUUCAGAGGCCUUGCAGCCUACACAUCGCUCGUUUCCGACGCCCCGUCUGACCGAAUCUCCCUGCCACCUCGCAACUUCUCUCCCACCGACAUUGUCAACAUCCAAUUCACCUCCGGAACGACAGCAAUGCCAAAAGCAGCAUGCUUAAGCCAUCGUUCUAUUCUAAACAACGGGUCCCAAAUCGGUGACAGGAUGCGUCUCACCCCAGAGGACAUUGUGUGCUGUCCUCCCCCACUCUUCCACUGUUUCGGAUCUGUCCUGGGAUACAUGGCUACCGCCACCCACGGCGCAGCCAUCGUAUUCCCAGAAGAAUCUUUCAAUGCCCGAGCAUCUCUGCAAGCCGUUCAAGAGGAAAAGUGCACUGCACUAUACGGCGUUCCGACCAUGUUCCUCGAAGAGCUUAGCCUUCUCGAUGAAGGCGAGAUCCCGAACGAGGGGUUCCAGUACCUCAGAACCGGCAUUGCAGCCGGAAGUAGCAUACCGGCGGAGAUGAUGAAACGACUGCACAAGGUACUGAAUCUCACGGAGCUCACAAUCUGUUACGGAAUGACCGAGACCAGCCCCGUUUCUGCAAUGACCACCACGGACGACCCCGUCGACAAAAGAAUCAGUUCCGUCGGCAGACUACUCCCGCACGUCGAGGCAAAGGUCGUGAACCUGGAAGAUCGCAGCCAAAUCGUGCCCAUCAAUGUUCGCGGAGAGCUAGCAGUGAGCGGGUAUCUUCUGAUGAAAGAGUAUUGGAAAGACCCCGUCAAAACCGCCGAGGUCAUGAUUCCCGACGAGAAUGGGAAAGUAUGGAUGCACACAGGCGACGAAGCCUCCAUGUCCCCAGACGGCUACGUCAGCAUCACCGGCCGCGUUAAGGACCUCAUCAUCCGCGGCGGCGAGAACAUUCACCCCCUGGAGAUCGAAAACUGUCUCUUAUCAUAUCCCGGCGUAAUCAACGUCUCUGUUGUGGGCGUUCCAGAUGAACGAUACGGAGAGGUUGUAGCCGCGUUCAUUGUCCACCGUGAGCCCGAAGGAGAGCUAGCAACGGAGGAGAAGAUCCGGCAAUGGGUUGGUCAGAAAUUGAGUAACCAUCUAGUUCCAAAAUACGUAUUCUUCCUCCAAUCAACGGACGCAUUCCCCAAGACUGCAAGCGGCAAAGUCCAAAAGUUCAAGCUUCGAGACAUUGCCCUUGAUAUUCUGAAAAGGAGGGGUGACUCAGUAUGAUAUCUUGACUGCUCACGGAAUGGCAAGCUAUAUAGACAUAUGCAGGCUAGGGGGAGUGUAGGAUAUGACUACUCAGGCCAUAGGAACAUUCUGGACAGGGGAAAUGUGACUAGUAAUUCAAUGGAUACAAAGUACUGAAUAUGGA